UUUAUUUACUUUGAUUAUUAAACAAUAAUACACACAAUGAAACUUUUAUUAAGUAUUUUUAUAGUUUUCUGGUUUCAAGUAUAUGGUCAACAAAAUGAUCUAAAUGGAAACGAUAUUAAUUUGUGGCCAUACCCUCAACAUGUCAAGUUAGAUGAAGACUAUCUGACAGUUGAUCCCAAUGAGUUCAACAUUAUCUUGAAGGCCAGUGGCAAAUGUGAUCUCUUGGAAAAAGCGAUACAAAGAUAUCGGAAAUUGUAUUUUCUUGAAGACUGUUCACUUGUCAAUUCGGAUGUUGUUGUGGACACUAUUUUCGAUGGUGUCAUCAAAUUGGAUGUCAACAAAAAUGUAGGUAAACUGACAAAUGUGACACUAGAAGUACACCAACCGUGCGAAUCGGAACCGUAUCUUCAUAUGAGCGAAAUGUAUUCAAUUGAGUUUAACCAACAAAUUACAAAAAUAUUUGCCGAAACAAAUUGGGGAGCAAUACGUGCUUUGGAAACAUUAUCUCAAUUGAUCAGAAAUGUUGGUAAACAUCAGUUUAUUGUCAAUGUAACGGCUAUUACUGAUUAUCCGAGAUUUGCUUUCAGAGGUGUAAUGUUAGACACCUCUCGACAUUACGUUCCCAUUAGAGAAAUCCAACAGAAUUUGGAUGCCAUGGCUUACAAUAAGUUUAAUGUAUUUCAUUGGCAUAUAGUCGACGAUCAAUCCUUUCCUUAUGUUAGCGAAGUAUUUCCCGAAUUGAGUCUUAAGGGAGCAUUCAAUGCCAAAACACAUAUCUAUACUAAAGAGGAAAUCCAAAAUAUUGUUGACUAUGCAAAGGAAAGAGGUAUUAGAGUGUUGGUCGAGUUUGACAGUCCGGGACACACCCAGUCGUGGGGUAAGGGUCAACCUGGUCUACUCGCCCGGUGCUAUAAUAAAGGUAGACCGAUGGAUAGUUUUGGUCCAAUAGAUCCGUCCCAAUCAGCAAACUAUGAAUUCAUCGAAAAGUUGUUCAAAGAAGUUAUCACCAGAUUUCCGGAUCAAUACUUGCAUUUAGGCGGCGAUGAAGUGGACUUCACGUGUUGGGCAUCUAAUCCCGAUAUUCUGGCAUUUAUGAAGUCGAGAAAUAUAACCAAUAAUUUUGCUAAACUUGAAGAAUAUUAUAUACAAAAUGUGUUGGAUAUUGUCAAAGGUCUCAACAAAAGCUAUAUCGUAUGGCAGGAGGUGUUUGAUAAUGGCGUCAAAAUAAAAGAAGACACUGUAGUACACGUAUGGAAAGGGGACAGUUGGCAAAAGGAGUUGUUCAAUGUUACCAAAGCUGGAUACCAGUCUAUAGUAUCUGCGUGUUGGUACCUAAACUACAUAUCCUAUGGUACCGAUUGGCCAAACUAUUACGCUUGUGAUCCACAAAAUUUUGGUGGCAGUGAACAACAAAAUAAGUUAGUCAUAGGGGGAGAGGCCUGUAUGUGGGGUGAAUGGGUUGAUGGUACUAAUGUUAUUAGCAGAACUUGGCCCCGGGCUAUAGCUGUGGCCGAAAGGUUAUGGAGUUCUAAAGAUAAGAAGGGUAUGCUUGAAGUUAGUCCACGAUUUAAUCGACAACACUGUUUGAUGCAACAAAGAGGUCUACGUGUGCAACCAGCUAAUGGUUCCGGAUUUUGUCAAUGCGAUUAUGCCGUUUAAAUUAUUAAACAAUUAU